AUGAACAGAGCUGAGAUCGCGUUGUUUCGAGCAAAAUCAUACCUGCGGUGGAAUGCCCCGCCCUGGGGAAUGCUGAGUAUUUUCGAUAGACAAACAUUCGGGCACCAGCCUGGUGGUGUUGCCAACACUCCGAACGCCAUGCCUGCUGGGCUUCCCUUUACCAAGAGUUCUUACGAUGGCUGCCAUCUCGCUUCCGGACGCAAUGACGAGACGUUUGCCAGAAUUGACACUGGCUGCGGGAUAUGGUCUGGGACCAUUUUCCAGAUCUGUGUCGACCCUUGUCACUCUUUUCGUGACCCUCUCGAUAUUUGGGACACAAAUGAUACACUUCAGCCUGGCAUUGGUCAGUGCCUUAGCCUCAUUGCCGAUGAAUAUGGCCCAAAUGGGAGCCUUCCAGGCAGCGACCCGGUCUGGACUCGAGACGAAAUUGCCUGUCGAUUUUAUCAGUUGUCGAACCUGGACGAGGCCCUUCUCAUACUUGCUAACGACGGACAUGUCCCCAUCACUGUGUCUGACAAAGCAUUGGGCCCUCAUGGGUCAAUGCUAUUUACAGUAGCGUCGCUUUGA